GGCUCUACAUGCAAGCAGUCGUUGGCCGAUCGCCGGAGGCUCCUCGACCGGGUCGGCGCAGUGGCUCCAGAGGUCUCCGUUCCUGGCUACCACUUCUGCUCAACUGGCUUCCACUAGCACUCGUUGCGUGUCUCUUCUUGUGGGCCUACUACGCCUACGUUGUCGUGUUUUGCGUAUCCGUGGUCCGCGACAAUGCCCUGAAAGCCGCCGCCUUUGGCAUCGGAUUUCACCUGCUGCUCUUUCUCUGCCUUUGGUCUUACGUACAGACCACGGUGGCGGUCGUGGCACCCAUACCACCACUCUUUCGGCUGACCGUAGGCGAGCAACAGGCGCUGGAGAACUGCCACAACGAGCGCACUCGCCGAAGCGUCCUCGACGUGAUGGCCAUCGAACGCGGCGUGCUCACCCUCGGUGCCGAUGGCUGCGUGCGAUACUGCGAAGAAUGCUGCCUCAUCAAGCCCGAUCGCUGCCACCACUGCUCUGCCUGCCAAAGGUGCAUCCCCAAGAUGGACCACCACUGCCCCUGGUUCAACAACUGCAUCUGCUUUAGCACCUACAAGUUCUUCCUGCUCACAAUUUUCUACGUCGUGGCUCUGUCGCUUUUCGGUGUCUUCACCGCAGGAAAAUACGUGAUCGAGAUGUGGGUGAUCGCGCGCAUGACACCGUCGACCUUCCACGUCACUUUCCUGACGGUCUUGGGGACAGCGCUGGCGCUGGGCCUCGGCGCUUUCCUGUGGCACCACGUGUCCAUGGUCUGCAGUAAUGAGACCACGCUCGAAGACAUGCGUUCCCCCAUCUUCCGAGACACCAACGACUCGUUCAACGUCGGCUGCUGGCAAAACUUCGUUCAUGUGUUCGGUCCCCGCAAGUCGCUGUGGAUGGUUCCAGUGUUCACCAGCGUGGGCGACGGAGCGCGAUUCCCCACAAAGCUGCAUCCCGUACUCGGCGCGCAGGAGGAGUACGAACAGCGCUCAGUAGAAGCCACUUACUCUACUGGCUCGUCCGUCGAUAACCCGUCAUCGGCCACAGUGACUGUGAUGCUUUAGCUAAGAAUCGAUAAUACAGUCCUGUUAACGUC